AUGGUCAUCGCCCUCACACAGGCUAUUGGUCAGACGGAUCGCUAUGUUCUCAUCCAGAAGCUACGAGGCACAGAGAGGCAGCAUGUGGCUGAUGACUGUCCCUUAGGGUCUCUAUCUGGAUGUCAAGAGUCGAAGAAGGCCCUCACUUUCAACCUUGGUCCUUCUACCAUCCCCAGAAGGACUAAUGCUAACAAGUCCGACCCGUCCAAGAAGAAGGUCUUCAGGCAGGUGCUGCAGCAGCAAGAGAUGCUACAGGACCUGGAGGCCCAGCUGGUGGCUUUGGAAAGGGAGACAGAGGUGUGGGAGAUGGGGAGGCAUGCAACUCCUCUCCCAGGCCUGAAUCCAGGCCUAGGAGAGGAGCUGGAUGUGCUGGAGACGAGGCUGAGACAGAAUGGGGCAGAGCUGAUGCAUGUGGAGUACUGUGAGGAGCAGAUGCAGCGAGAGAAGGACAAGGAGCAGGAUAUCCAGGGACGUCUGCGCCAACUCUAUGCCUCUAUGGAUGAAUACAGCUUCCGGCUCAAGGACCUCCAGACCCAUUCAUUCAGACUGGGGCAGGACUUUUGUGUCGAGGCCCAGAGACGGAGCUCUCAUCCGGGCACUCCGCAGUCAGAGGAGGCCAUGGGCGCACUGAGGGAGGAGCUACACAAUCGGCAUCAGAAGGGGCGUGGAGCUAGACGUGAGAGGUGUCAGGUGCUGGAGAAGCUGAACAAGAAGUAA